CUUUGCUGGAACGCUCAUCUCAUCAGACCCCUGGGCAUUGCACCGUCGUGCAUCAUGUCUACACGCGUUCAGAAAGGCGGUACGGUCUUCAGACCUGUCGCGAGACCGAGAGCACGCCCGGGGUCCGAGUCCCGCCAAACCUCUGCCGUACCGGAAUCGCAAUCUUCCUUCCCGCACGCAACGAACAUCCGACAUGAAGGGUCUCAGGCGUCUGCAUCCUCAUCCAGCAUGCCACCACCAACUCACAUUCCAUCAAAGCCGGUGUCAGGCUCCUUCUCCCACCAUGUCGACGCCUCACGCGGGCCCACUCCCACGUCGAACGUGACCGGUCCAUGCGAUCAGGAGAACAAUGUACCUCAAUCCUCAGCAGCUGCGUCUGCGAUUGCCGUGCCCAGCCGUAAUGUACCCCGGCCAACUGCCUCCCCGAGGCACGAGAGCAGAGAGCCUGCGCACCCCCUCCAACCAGUACCCUCGAAUAGCGGCACUGCCAUAUCCGUUCCAUCGAGAGCCGUACCAGUCGUUGUAUCUCAAUCAAGGUCUCUGCCAGGUAUUGGAGUGGGUUUACCCGCUGUUCCUGCCGACUCCCUUGCUCCUCGACAGACGGUGGACAGCCAAGACCCGCCUCAACAAUCGCGAUUUGAUGUCACGAGGAGCAAUUUUGCUCAUGCCCCUGCACCGCCUACAAUACCGUUUGGGUCAUUUGACAUGUCACAGAUAGACCCGUCUUUACAGUCGUCACUGCCAAUUUUCCCAACGCACGACAUCGUUGCACCCCCUUUCGUGGAAGGGUCUUCUAGCACGCUUGCUGGCGAUGGUGCUACACACGCACAGUUCACCCAAAAUCAAGUCUCGGAGAGCCGGGACGAGCAGGACUCAAAUCCAACGGAUACCCUUGCUGACCAGGGUGCACCUUCGCACGCAAAACCCAAGCGGAGGCGGGCGAAGACCUCACAGGAAGGGGAUACGUCACCGGAAGGCCGUCCUAGGAAGCGACGCUCCCAGACUCAACCCAGGGAUGAAUCCGGAGCUGAUGCAGACGAGUCACCGUCUGAAACAGCGGGACGAAAACGUAGAGGAAAGUCUAGGGCUCCCUCAGUCCCGCCGUUUGACCCUGAUGCAGACCCUGGGGAAGAACUUGAUCCCACUACUGUCACCAUGUCUUCGCUUUGCGACGACCUUGGACAAGGGCGUGUCAGCAGUAAGGCGGCGCAGAUAAUCAGUAAUCAUGCUGCAUGGCGGGCGGUGAGCAAAGAGAAGAGGGCACGGCUGCGCGCGAUCGCGGAGGCCAAGAAAUACGGCAGGAGCAUCGACGAUGAAGAUCAGCCGGUUGCAUCGACGAGUGAGGACCCAGCUGGCGGGCGAUCGCCUCCAGAAGACGGGCAAGCGGGCGACGACUUCGAUUACUCACAGCACCUUGCAAAAAGUCGGUACAACGUACAGGUCAGGGUUGGUGCGAACGGCGAGACGAUUAUCGACGAAGAAUCACUGUUCGUCAAUCGAGAUGAAGAGGAAGACACGACAAACUAUACGCAUGUCGAGGAGUCAGACACGACAAAGUUUGUAAACUCAUUGAGCUAUACCAAGAAGCCUCGGGGUUCACGAUGGAGUGCGGAAGAGACGGAUCUGUUCUACGACGCGUUGUCACAAUUCGGGGAGAACUACGAGUUGAUCUCAUACGUACUCCCAGGACGUGACCGAAAGGCUUGUAAAAACAAAUUCAAGGCCGAGGACAAGAAGAAUCCAGCCAAAAUUACCUUCUGUCUUAAUCAUCGCAAACCGUUCGAUAUUCAGACAUUGGCUCGAAUGACAGGAAAAGACUUCUCGGGUCCGACGCCCGAGAUCAGAGCGCCUGCGGCUCUUCAGUCGUCGGAGCUUGACACCAAUGUCCAGCCCGAAGCUGAAUCGGCGACGAAGGUCACUCGUAAGAAGAGCAAGACACCACGGCCAAAAGACGGAGAGGAGAUUCUAGGGAGCAUCGAAGAUAUGGAUAGAGAAGAUAGUCUGUUUGGUGAUGAUCCGAAUGUCUAGUAUUUGCGUCGUGCGUCGCGGUGUGAAUGAGAUUUACGGCUCACAAGCCCUACUGUAGACUCUGACCGACGGUUUUGACUGUAACCCAGUCACCCACCUGCAUUAUUGAAGUCCCUUCCAAGUACCUUCCGAGUCUAUCAAGGCGUUGCGCUCAGCUGGCAAUACCGUAAUUCGUACAGCGAAUAAGCUGUUAGAUGCAGCGC